AAAACAAUUCAGCAAUUCCAUCAUUGUCCCCAAUAAAAUAAAAAGAAUUCAGAUCCAAUUGACAAUUUCCCAACGAAACGUCGUCGUUUACAGCAUCCAAAGUAUGAAAUUAUUCGCUGUUAAAACUCCAGUAGCACAAAUGACAGAAAAAAGCGCUCAACUCUCGUUUUUUCUUUUAAGCUGAGAACAACCCGCCUAAAAUCACAGUGCAGAACUGACGCCAAACAACCAAUAAACGAUUGCAAACCCUAAUUCCUUACGCUGAAGAAUGUAUUCAUUCGCAGCAAUUAAUGAUACAGACUCUAGAGAACAAUGGGAACCCUUAGCUCCUACUAAAGAAGCUCAGGAAUUUCAUCUUACUCAAUCUUAUCACGACGGCCUUCUUAAGUUGCAAGCAAAAAGUUAUGAUAAAGCGCGGGAAUUAUUAGAAUCCGUGCUCAAAGAUCCUCUUAUUUCUAAUCCUCAGGUCGAAAGCAAUGCAGGGGAUGAUCAUUUGCAACAACUAAGAUUUCUGGCACUUAAGAACCUUGCUACUGUUUUUCUUGAACAAGGUUCAGCUCAUUAUGAGAGUGCUCUUACUUGUUAUCUUCAAGCUGUAGAGAUUGAUAGCAAAGAUUCUGUUGUUUGGAAUCAGCUCGGAACUUUAUCAUGUUCUAUGGGUAUGCUGAGUAUAUCACGCUGGGCAUUUGAGCAAGGGCUUCUUUGUAGCCCUAAUAAUUGGAAUUGCAUGGAAAAACUAUUGGAAGUUCUUAUCGCCAUUGGUGAUGAGGUUGCUUGCCUCUCUGUAGCAGAGUUGAUUCUGAGGCAUUGGCCUUCACAUUCUCGUGCUUCAUGUGUCAAAAGUACUAUUCAAGAUUAUGAGCCAGUUCCGUUUGCUCCAAGAGGAAUUGAUAAGCUGGAACCCAAACAUGUGAGGCUCAAAUUUCUCGACAAGAGAAAAGCAACAGAUGAGAAUAAAAAUGAGGCCAUUGCCUGUAAAAAGUUGAACCGGUGCAUAGAAUUAUACCUGCCUGAGGCUUCAUGGGCUGCUCUUGCUGACGCCCUUCUGGAAAUCUUACUUCCAUUGAAUGGAUGUGGUUCUAAGAAGGGGGCUGAAAAAGAAUUUAGAUCUGGGGACAUCAGGUUAACUAUACAUUUGCAUUCUUUUAUGAAUAAUAUUGUGGGAUCUACUUUAGAUAGAGGGCAAAAUCCCAUGUCUGGUGAAAGCCUGUCUGUUGGUGCUUGUAACUCUGAAAAAGCCAAUUUGUUUAAAGAUAAAGAAGCAAUUACACUUGAAGAACAGCCUCAUGAGAGGCGGAGCACUCGCCUUGAAAGGCUUAGGAGUCGUAAACCAGGUAAAGAAGAAUUGGAUUUUGCUGCCAGUAAGGAUCUUGCCAAAGCUGUGCUUCAAUUGUUAGAACCUUUUGUUGUCGGUGAACUUAUAAAUACAGAUUCUGAUAAAUUAGCUGGUCAUUCAGUUUCAUGUUCUAGUCGGGCUAACUCUAUGGAUACAGAACAUAAAGACGUUUCUGCAUUUCUAAGAGAAACUUCAAAAAACUAUGGUGCUUACCAUAUGGGCCACUUGCUGUUGGAACAUGCUGCAACUAUAGGUCUUGCAUAUCAAGAUGUGUUUGUCAAACUUUUAGAGUUGGAGAAACUGACAAGGAACUGGGGGCAGGAUAGGUCGCAAGGAUGUAACCUUUUUCUUGCUGAGCUGUAUUAUGAACUCGGAUCCUUGCCUUCCAAUGCUUCAAAGCUGCCAGAAUUCAUGUCUGAGGCAUCAUAUCAGCUCUGUAAGAUAAUUGAAUCAGUUGCAUUGGAUUAUCCUUUUUCCUUGAAUCAGAUCCUUGGGAAUGAAAGCUGCUCCUUGCUGAACAGCUCUCAAGAUAAUAAUGAAAUAUUUGCCAAAGAUUCUAGCUGCCAGGAGUCAUCUUUUAGUAGUUCUUUGGUGACCGAUAAAAUUCCCUUUUGGAUUCGAUACUUCUGGUUGAGUGGAAAACUGUCAAUCUUUGACUGCAACAAGGCAAAAGCUCAUGAAGAGUUCUGCAUUUGUUUAUCACUUUUGUUGAAAAUGGACGAAAUGAAUGAUUCUCUACGUUCAGUUCACCUGCCGUACCUAAAGACUAAUGAAGAUUUAACUGUAAACUGUGUUCUUCAUGAAAUUAAUUUAUUAAAAAUUGAUUUCUUGCUGGAGAAGACAUUGGGUGAGAUGAUUGAUAAAGAAAUGUAUGUGGAAUGCAUAAACUUGCUUGCUCCACUUCUAUUCUCUACAGAACAUUCUCACAUAGAUGUCCUACCAGCACCUUCUUCGGAUGAGAAAGGUGAAGAAUAUGCAAGCACUGAAUUAACAGCAAUAAAUUUAUUACUCAAAGCAUGUGAAAAGGCAAAGCCAAUAAACAUUGAGGUAUAUUUGAAUUGCCAACGGAGAAAGCUGCAACUGCUCAUGCUAGCAGCUGGCAUGGAUGAAUAUCAAACUUUACGACUGAGAUAUGGGUUAAAGGAACUUUCUGCCUCUGAUGUCAUGUCAAAAGAAAAUCCAGGCAGUCAUUGGAAUGACUUGGUGGCAAAGGAGGUGAAAGCAAUUUCACAAAGUGUGUCACAACUGAAGAUGGAUCCAUCUCUUGAUUCUAAUGGUGUAGUCAUUCCAAUUGCCAGCAUCGGCAAUAUUCAGACUUUGCUGCUGGCAUUCAUGUGCCAUGUUGCAAUAAAUUUCCUUUCCAAGCAAUCCUCUGCAAUAGCGAUGGGUGACGAAACAGAGCAAAAACAAGGAUUCAGCUUUGUUGAUGCAGGCAUUGCGUUCUGCAAACUUCAGCACAUCAUCCCUACUGUCACUGUAAAAACCCAAGUUGAAUUAGUUAUGGCAAUCCACGACUUGCUUGCUGAGUAUGGCUUGUGCUGUGCGGGCGAGGGUGGGAAAGGGGAGGAGGGAACAUUUCUUAAAUUUGCAAUAAAGCACCUCUUGGCACUGGAUAUGAAGCUCAAAUCCAAUUUAAAUUCUUCAAGCUGCGAAACAGGCAAUAAGCAGCUUUCUCCUCAUAGUCAAGGUAAAACAUGUGGACAGGAAUCAAAAUCAGAUACGGUGGAUGUGGAGAUGGGUGGAAAUGAAAUUACUGUAGUGACUGAUGUAGAGACUGAUGUUUCGGAAGGAAUUGCCUCCAAAGGCAUGUCUUCUGUAGAAGGCCUAGAGAAUGACGGUGAAGUUGUUGGAUUUGAAAAGCAAGGUGGUGAUGAGGAUAAGAUCAUGGGAGAAAUUACGACUGAACAAUUCCCUGAGCUUGGAACUGAACUUACUGAAGAUGAAAGGGAGGAACUUGAGCUAAUAAUCGACAAUGCUUUGGAUCAGUGCUUUUUCUGCUUAUAUGGUCUCAACCUUAGACCUGAUUCAUCCUUUGAGGAUGAUCUAGCUAUGCACAGAAAUACUAGUCGGGGAGAUUAUCAAACUAAGGAACAAUGUGCUGAUGUUUUUCAUUAUAUAUUGCCAUAUGCAAAGGCUUCUUCUAAAACUGGAUUAGUAAAACUCCGUAGAGUGUUAAGAGCAAUACGCAAACACUUCCCACAACCACCAGAAGAUGUUUUAACUGGAAAUGCAAUUGAUAAGUUCUUAGAUGAUCCUGAGUUAUAUGAAGACAAACUUUCAGAGGAAGCAGGAUCUGAAGGGUUUCUGGAGACCAUAAUGAAGAAGAUAUUUUCUGAUGUAGGAAGCGUCAAACAGCACAAGUCAAUGAUGAUUAGAAGCUCUGAGCCAUAUUUUGAUGUAUAUUGCAAUCUCUAUUAUUUUCUGGCUCUGUCUGAGGAAAUGAGCACAACUGAUAAGUGGCCAGGUUUUGUACUUACCAAGGAAGGGGAAGAAUUUGUACAGCAGAAUGCAAAUCUCUUCAAAUAUGAUCUUCUGUACAACCCUUUACGCUUUGAGAGUUGGCAACGACUUGCAAAUAUAUAUGAUGAGGAGGUUGAUUUGCUGUUGAAUGAUGGAAGUAAGCACAUUAAUGUAGCAGGAUGGAGAAAGAAUACUACCCUGCCACAGAGAGUUGAAACAAGUCGAAGGAGGAGCAGGCGCUGUCUAUUAGUGAGUUUGGCUUUGGCUAAGACAUCAGCUCAACAGUGCGAGAUACACGAGUUGCUGGCAUUGGUAUACUAUGACGGCCUUCAGAAUGUGGUUCCAUUUUAUGACCAGCGAUCUGCUGUUCCCGUGAAGGACGCAACAUGGAUGGCAUAUUGUGAGAACUCGCUAAAGCAUUUUAAAAAAGCCUCCUUGCAUAAGCAGGAUUGGUCGCAUGCAUUCUAUAUGGGGAAACUCUGUGAGAAGCUUGGGUACUCAUAUGAUACAUCUUUAUCACAUUAUGAUAACGCUAUUGCUUUGAAUCCAUCGGCUGUUGAUCCUAUCUAUAGGAUGCAUGCUUCACGAUUAAAGUUACUUUGCAUGUGUGGAAAACAGAAUCUAGAGGCUUUAAAGGUCCUAUCAGGAUUUUCCUUUAGUGUAUCAAUUAAGGAUUCUUCCAUGACCAUCCUUGGUAAAUUGGCACCAGAAAGGUCCAACUCCCCAGAUGAUAUGGACAGAAGUGCUCAAGAAAUUUCUGAGGAGAAAAAGCGCGAGGAAUUAAAUUGCAUGGAAGAUGUGUGGAACAUGCUUUACAAUGACUGCCUUUCUGCUCUUGAAAUCUGUGUUGAAGGGGAUCUUAAACAUUUUCACAAGGCUAGAUAUAUGCUUGCUCAAGGACUGUACAGAAGGCGUUUGCACGGUGAUUUGGAGAGGGCAAAGGAAGAACUUUCUUUUUGCUUCAAAUCAUCACGCUCAUCCUUCACUAUAAAUAUGUGGGAGAUUGAUAGCAUGGCUAAAAAAGGGAGGCGAAAAACAUCAGGUAUUGCAGGGAACAAAAAGGCCCUCGAAGUUAACUUACCAGAAAGCUCUCGAAAAUUUAUUACUUGUAUUCGCAAGUAUAUAUUGUUCUAUUUGAAAUUAUUGGAGGAGACCGGAGAUAUUUGUACUCUUGAUCGUGCCUUUAAUUCUCUUCGGGCAGAUAAGAGGUUCUCGUUGUGCAUUGAAGAUAUCGUACCAGUAGCUCUGGGGAGGUUAAUCAAAGCUCUUGUGUUAUCCAUGCACCAAACUGGCUCUAGUGGCCCCAGCAGCUCUGAGCAUCAGCUUGAGAGACUGUUCUCAUUAUUCAUGGAACAGGGGAAUUUGUGGCCGGAAAUAUUCCAUUUGCCUGAGAUCAGAAGCCCAGAAAUAUCAGAGGGAAGUUUAUAUGGGUUCUUGCAUACUUAUAUUGCAUCAUUGGAGAGCAACGGAAAGCUCGAGACUAUAGAAGUGAUAAAUGAAAAGAUUCGGAAGCGGUUUAAGAAUCCUAAGUUAUCAAAUAGUAACUGUGCAAAAGUUUGUAGGCAUGCUUCUGUUUCUUGGUGUCGAUCUCUUAUAAUUAGUUUAGCAUCGAUCACACCAUUGCAACGUGGAAACUCAAUUGAGAGUCAGGCCCAUAAUCCGUCAGAUGGUGUCUUGGAAAGUGGUCCCAGGCUUUGUGUUGAUCUGCAAACAAAUGAGCUGUGGAGUUUGUCAGUUGAGGAUUCCAUCUCUUUGGAAAAUCUUGAAACUAAAUGGAACCCAGUGCUGACAAAAAUUAAGAACGUAAUUGUAGAGAAAGCUUCAGAUGAAAAUUUUGAAGCUGCAAACUCUUUGAUUAAAAGCUCUUAUAAUUUCUUUCGGGAGAGUUCCUGCCUAAUGCUUCCAUCGGGUCUCUACCUUUAUUUAGCACCAACUCAAUUGUUAAUGGGAACAGAACUUCGGGCUGGCUUAAAUGGGGUUGAAAUUCUGGAUUUGAGCAUUCCGAGGAAAUUGCUUUUAUGGGCUUACACACUAUUGCAUGGCCUCUAUGCAAAUAUUGCCAUUGUUCUCAAACAUUGUGAAGAAAAUGUUAAGCAGCCGAAGAUGAAAAAGGGAGCUGGAUCUUCAUACAGCCCUCUAAAUACAAGUUUGCCAACUGCGACUGCCAUACAUAUAGGUGGUGCCAAAGAUGGUGCGAGCCAUGUUGGAGGCAAUGAACAGGAGACUACUUCAGUGACACCUGGCCCAUCCUGUGAUGCACAAUGCUUGAAUCCGUCGCUGCCUUCCAAUGAGAACAAAAAGGAGCUUAUUUGAAGCCAAAUCCUGUUAAUAACACAAUGCUUGCUGAACGGAGUUCUAGUUUUUGCCAGAAUACGAUGUGUUGUAGAUUUUGUCCGGAUAGUCUUAACACUCUCAGCACGUUUUAGAUGGGCAAUGUAGAAUAAGCGAGGCGAUAGCAAGUCAAGGUAACAUUAACAUGGCUAGUUCACAGCUAUCUAGUUAUGCAAGUGUACAUAGAAAGCCCAAUGGUCGAUUUUUUUUUCUAAACCCGUCCAUUUCUGCAGCUUUACCUCGCCCAUCUAGGUCGAGGCGCUAAUGAAAAAUCCAACAAUCUGUAAUAGGACUUGCUUCUUUGCAAUGAUGUAGAAUCAGCUGAGGCAAUAGUUAGUUAAUGUACAUCUAUACUGUAAAUUUCUUGUUAUUGGUCUGGAAAAGUACAAAUUACUGUGAACCAAGGGCGUCAAUCAUCUUUUUAUAUUUUGAUUUUCUCCUUUAAAAGGAGCUAUAACAGUCAUAAGUUUGAUGAUCCCAAGUUA